UUACUGUUUGUAUAAUUUUAUUGAGAUUAAGUUGAACAAUUUCAAUUGGAUUUAUACUACAAAUUAUUAAUGCAAUUCAUACUUUUUUCAUGUUAUAUUACGUAAUUGGAUAAAUUAACUAUCGAGUUUCCUUUCUCUUUUAAGUAAAUAAAAUCAUUAACAACAUCAACAAGACAUUUCGAUGGCCAAUGUUGAUAUGACCUGGCCAACAACAAUAGUUACUGUAUCUGGUGAAAAAACAGUAUUUGGUCAACGUAGUAGUAGUAUAACAGAGAAAUCAUCUAAUGACAAUAUACAAAAAACGAUCAGUUCAUCUAUUCAACAUGAUAUUGAAAACUUAAACUUAAAUCAUUUGAAUGAAGAUGAACGUCAAAAGGUUUUAUGUGUAGUAAAAAAAGACUUUGAAGUACGUGCUAAAGAACGAGAAAGAUUGAACCGAUUUCGUUCAAGUAUUUUAAGACGAGAUAGAGAAUUGGCUGUUAAAAGUUUAACAUCAACUACUGAAAGUACAUCUUGUUUAUUAUGUGGACGUGCAUUUAUACCUUUGAUUAAUCCUAAACAUAUAUGUUUCAAUUGUCAACGUGAAAUUUGCCGAAAUUGUUCAGAAUCUAUGAAUAAAUACGAUGAAUUCUUAUGUAGAAUGUGUUUAAAAGAGAAUAAUGUUUUGAUGGAACUUUGCACGUGCAACUGUAUUUUGGACUUUGAUUUCCACAAGGCUUAGGCGUAUUUCGAAGGUGAUAGACUACCAAACUGACUCUCGACCCAUGCUCACUUUCAAUGCACUGGACUAACAGACAUGGUUACUAUCAUCAUCAUUACAGUGUAAAAAAACAGAAGGAAAGAACAUUUAGCAUGGAACUUGAAAACUUUUUAAAAAGUAUUAAGUGUACUAUAAAAGUAAGAACCCUCAAUCAUUCAUCAUCUCAACAAUGUACUCGAUAUUAAGUCGCUUAGACCAGUGGUCACCUUGAAACUUGACUGUGAGAAUUCAGUCAACAAUUAAAAAGACAAUGAAUAAUACUCAACAACUAAUCAAUUAUAAAAACGGUUUUUAUUAUUCAAUGAUCCAUGGAACCUUUUUCAAAUGGUUACUAUGUGAUUUUGGAAUAUGCACUAAAAUUUACCUGCUACAUAAUAUUGGUAAAAAUUCGUUUUUAUGUGCCAACUUGAAUUCAUUCGUUUAAAAAAAUUAUCGUGCAAUGACAUGUAAUUGGUUUUACGAGACAGUAAUUCAACGAUUCAGAGAAUUCGGAAGUACAACUGUUGCUAAAAGUUUAUUUGGAUCAACGUACAAACAAGUUCAAAAUAUGGCUGAAGAAGAACUUUGGAAUCUUUUAUUUCGAUCUUCAUCAUCCAAAAGGAACUCUAUCGAAUCGAAAGAAUCAGACAAGUUUUAUUCAGCAGAUCAAGCUAGAGAAGCACAAAUUAAAAAAUUAAGAAAUCGAUUAGAAAAAUUAAUGGAAGAAACUUUAUCUGAAUUAAAUGGUGUUGAAAAAAAUGAUUCAUUAUCACCAAGACAAAUCACUUGGCAACAUGAAAGUGUGGGCAUGAAGUUUAAAAAGAACGCCUGUCGUGAAAUGAGAAAUUUCAUUCAAAUUCUCUACAUAACAACUGAAAAGGAACGAAUGAGUCAAGGUAUGAACACUAAGAAUAUUACUCCAUACGUAAUGGAUACUUUAGAAGGUGAAAUUGGUCGAAUAGUUGGAUAUAGUGUGAAGGGUGUUACAGAUACAAACAGUUUGGCUGGUGAAGAUGAUAAAGAAUCUGUUACAAUGGUUGAUCGUGAUAGUGUAGAAGGACGAUUGGCUGAGAUUCUUUUCAAUAAACUCUAUUCCGACAUUAAUUCUACGAAACAAGAAACUGUUAAAAAGUUUUCAUUUCAAACAUCUAAUCCCAUAGUAACUAAUACAAAUUUCAAUAAAUCAUCUUUCAAUUUCAUGAAUCAAUCAAAUCAAAAAGAUGAACUCAAUGUAACAGAAGGUUUUCCAAUUCGAAUGGAAUAUUCUUUACCAUAUAAUGAACAAUGCGAACUUCAAUGGUAUAAAUUAAACAAUAAAAAUCAACGAGUCCCAGUCAAACUUGAUUUUCGUAUUGAACAUGUUAUCACUGGUGCAAUUCAUAUGUCAUUCAAACAACACCAACAAUUAAAUCAUCAAUAUCCAAAACAUCCAUUUGUUUUGUCAAAUUCAGGUUUGAUUACAAAUGAAACAAAACAAAAGUUGAAUCAAUGGAAAUGUAAAUUAUUAGAAUCUGGAUCAAAUACUAAUGUCAAUAAUAAUAAUAAUAGUGGUAAUGAAAUCAUCUACCUACAACAUCAUCUCAUCAUAUGGGCAAGUAAACCUGAUGAUGCUGGAAGAUAUUUUGCAUCAAAUCAAUAUCCAUCGAAUACAGAUGGUAUAUCAUCAACCGAAGAGAAGGAAUUUAUACUACAAGUAAUAAAAUCCAAUCAAUCAUCAGGCAGUCCACAAUGCUCACCAGAAUUUAUUGAACCUCUUAUAGUACAACCAAUGAGCAGUGCUACUAGUGAUCCUUUUAUUGAAAUGACAUGUAUAGUGACAGGCAAUCCUAUACCAAGAUGUUUAUUAUACCGAAAUUCAGUACCUAUCCCAGUGGUUGUAAUGCCUUUUCUCAAAAUCGAACCUAAUGAUCCACUAUCUACAUUGAGUUCUUUAACGCAAAAAUACACUGUCACAACAUCAUUAUUUGAUUUAAACAAAUCAGAUCGAUCAAACAGUUAUACAAGAAAGAUUACACUACGUCUUAAUCGACCAUCCAGUUCAGAAGACAUAGCCACCUAUAGUUGCCGUGCAUGGAAUUGUCAUGGUCGAACUAUUACAUCAAGUGUUUUAUCAAUGCAAGAUCACUUCGCUAAAUUCGAUUGUCCCUUAGAAAAACCGAAUAUGAAUGACAAUAUCGAUAUGGUAAAAAUUGAUUCAAUUCAAUCAUCAGUAAAUACUUCUCAAAAUGUUCGUGAUAAUGGUGAUGCUCUGAUCAAAAAAGAAGAAUUCCCUCUCAUUACCGUAUUAAGUGAUUCACAUGACAGUAUCAGUGAAUUCAAACGAUUUGAACCGAAAUAUUCAAGUUCUAUCAUUGAAAUAUCUCCUGAAAACCAAUCCAUCGAUGUUAAUAUGAAAACCUCUACUGUGAUAAAAACAGUAAGUUUUCUUUCAUUGUUUUCCUUCAUUCAAAAUCAAUUAUUUCUUUGACGAACCAUUUAUAGUGUUAUCAUCGAGUAAAUUUUCCCAUCACUUUUUAAGUUGAAAAUUAAAACUUACUUACGCCUGUUAGUCCAAAUAGAGCAUAGGUCACCGACCAGCGUUCUCCAACCUACUCUGUCCUGGGCCCUCCUUUCUAGUUCCAUCCAACUUUUGUUCAUUCUUCUCAUGUCUGUCUCCGUUUCUCGAUGUAAUGUGUUCUUUGGUCUUCAUCUUCUCCUUUGGCCUUGAAGAUUCCAAGUGAGGGCUUGUCUUGUGACGCAGCUGGAAGCUACUAACUUUUAAUAGGACUUAAUACUUUAUUCAUUUUAUGACCAAUUAACUUAAAUCAUCUCUAAAAUUCGUUUAAAGUAACGAGAUUAAUCAUAUUAUCAUUAUAAGGUUGUGGAGACUGAAUUUCAAAGAAAUCAUGAACCGAUCAAUUUUAGACCAUCAUUAAAAACCAUGUAGCAUUAGACGGAUGUUUUGCUCUAGUAUGGGACUACUCAACCAUGUAUAACCACAAUCCCACCAGCAGGAAUCGUACCUAAAACCUUCGGUUUCGCGCCCAAACCCUUAACCUUUAGGUCAUUGAGCCAACAUCAAAUAGAGUUAAUGUUUAAAUUUAACCAGUUCACGAUACUGAGUGAUCAUCUUCCACUUUUUUAGUUGAAUUAGUGCCUCACACUGAAUAUAGAUUAUAUCCACUAGUCAUAGCUUCUCACUAGGUUCCAGAAAAUUUCCUCUCGAAGUUCGUCACAAGUGAGCAUAUGAUAACGUUCAGUAUGAGAUUGUUGAAUUUCAUUCCAAGUUUUCAUUGAUUGUCCAACUUAAUGAAAUGUAUCAUUUUUAUUAAGUUCAACAAAUUGUAAAUGUCAAAUAACUCGUCAAGGAAUUUAUAAUGAAGGGGAUGAAAUGGCCGUCCAGUGCUUCCAGGUUUUCCAUGGCGGUCUAGCUUCAAUUGACUCACGACCUCCACUAUUAAAAUUACUAUAAUAUCCACAAAACCCCUCCUGAAAUUAAUAAUGAAUUUUUUAUUUCCUGUUCACCCGAAUUUAGUCAAUAAUAAAUUCAUAUUUGUGUACAGUUGAAUGAUCUUCAAAAACUUUAUUAUCAUAAUAGGCUCAUCACAAUUUAAUGUUGAAAUACUUAACUUUUCACCAAGAAACAUGCUAAACAUUCCAAGGAAUUUCUGUCAAUUCAAAUCUCUAUUCGGACACCUAGAAUAAAACUGUCUGAAAACAUAAAACAUGGUCGAUAGCAUUCGAUGUGCACUAAAUAAGGACUUGACACACAUGACAUUGAUCAGCACCCAGUGAUCAAUCAAUUGUGAUUACAUCUCAGUUCUACAAGAGGUCGGUAGCGGCCCGGAUAGCUCAGUGGUAACGUCUCUGACUGUGAAGCUGAGUGACACGGGAUCGAAUCCGCCAGGGAGCACCAGUUGCCUCAAGAUUACAGGUACACCUUACUGACGAGUGCCAAUUAGCACAAAACCCGGGUCCAGGGUUUCCUGUCGACUACCUCCAACCACCAUCUAAACUUAAGACAUUUCAAAUACUACGAAGUCAUUGGAAUUAAUUUAAUAUGACUCCAAAAAUGAACAACUACUAACUUUUAAGAGAUUGAGUCUUCAACGGACACAAUACAGUUAGGUUAAUUAAACAAACUAAUUAUAUGGUUCCUAACUAAUUCCAUUUCUUGAUAUAGAAAUGCCUUCAAAUUAGACUGAGAUUUUUAUUUCAAAAAAUUCGAAUUUAAUAAGAACAAGUGUACGCUCAUCAAUAUGCUGAUCGUGAUAUAUUUUCGAGGUUUUCAAUGAAAUCCACACUGAACACAAAAUGAAGCUCGUGCUACACAGAGUAUUGAUUGGCUCUAGUAAACAUGGAUUAUCGUGGCUCUUCCACUUCACAUUAGCUUUAUUCAUUUAAAGCUGAAAUUAGUUUACAAUAGAUUUUUAACGUCAAAUUACAUCAAACUGUCACAGGAUUAAUUAAAUCAAUUAAAAUGUUUAUUUCUCUAAAGUCUGAUAACUUUGAAAACUAAUUUAACCUUAUUAGAAAAGAUUAAAUCAUAAAUUGAUUAAAGACAUUUAUUAUCAAAUGAGGUUGCGUACUAAUCAAGGGGUAAGGGAGAAAAUAAUUUAUGGGUCAGAUAUGAAGAACAACAAACAUAAAGGUCAUAAUAAUGAACUGAAUAAUAAUCGAGCAAACUUGUAUAAUUUUAAUAGUUGAGAUCAUCAGUCAAUUGAACCUAGAUCACCAUGGAAUACCUGGAAGCAUUGAAUGGCCGUUUCAUCCUAUUGUGGGACUCCUCAAUAGUGCGCAUCCACGAUCCCAUCCCGCGAGAUUCUAACCCAGGACCUAUUAGUCUCGCAUGCGAACGAUUAAUAUCUAAACCACUGAGCUGGCCGGCAUCCGACGGUAUUAAUGUCUAACUUCAACUAGUCUAAGAAAUUGAGAGACACAUCCACCAUUGUCAUCAGUGAGUUACUAUCUGACAACAGACACGGUUGAACUCCACUGGUCACUGCUUCUCACUAGAACUCCAUGCAAUACCUCUUGGAGACCGUCACUAGUGAGCAUAUGUUGAUUAGUAUCAGAAGAGGUUUUGUGGAGAUUGUAGUAACUUCAAUAGUUGAGAUCACGAGUCAAUUGAAGCUAGACCAUCAUGGAAAACCUGGAAGCACUGAACGGCACUUUCGUCCUAUUGUGGGAUUCCUCAAUAAUAAUAACUGAUUCGAGUUUAAAAUUGCAAAACAUAUCUAACCUAUAAAUUAUUUGCUUCCUUACCCCUUGAUUACAUACGUAACCUCAUUUGAUAAUAAAAGUCUUGAAUCUAUUUAUGAUGCAAUCCUUUCUAUCCUCCUAUAGACAUAUAAUUUCCAUAUAACUAACCUUGUUAAUCUAUUUUUUUCUGUUUUAUCUGAAUGUUUCUCUUUGUUGUUCGUCCCAUUUUAUUUUAUUCUAAUACUUGUUAUGUAUAUGUAUAUGUAUGCAUGUGUAAAAAUGAUUAUGUUGUUAUCAUCCUCUUGAUUGUUACAAAUACUUAACGCUUGAACAUUUCAUAUAUUUAUCAUAUUAAACACCAUAUUGAUCUUGUUAUAUAACUGAUCCAUUGGGUGACUGAUUUUCCUCAUUCUCUAUAUCCGUCAUUAUUAUUAAUUUAGCAUCGUUGCUGUACACAGUGUGCAAUGAUAUGAAAAAUUAUGAAAUAUACUUUUUUUAAGUAAUCUGUGAUAAAUUAUUCAUUGUUACCAUUUAAAAUGUAUAAAAACUGUAUAUAUGACGGAUGGUGAUGAUUGUAGCGGUGACCGUAACUAUUCAGGUCAUAGGACUAAACACAAAGGACUCCAUUAGAAUGAAUGGCGAGACUAUAAUUAAUGAACGAACCAAUCAGGUAUAAGAUAACAGGUCUCGGAUUCGGGAGCGAAAUUCAUUCAUCCAUUUGGAUAAAUAGAGUUUUGGUAUUAUACCUGAUGUCAGUUCGUGAUGAAAAACCGAAAUAUAAUUCCUCAGAUUAAUCAUCGACUGUAGAUUAUAAUUCUAAUUUCUCACAUAGGUUCAUAACCCUCAUUUGGUCCUGGUUAUUAAAUGAACACUAUCAAGGUCAGCCUGGAGUCGCCCAAAGCUCGUCCAUAAAUUAUAGUCUCACCGAAUGAAUUUCACCAGUUGAAAUAUACUAUUCAAAAGAGUCAAGUUAAAUCAAGAGUGAAGAUAUAUGGUGAUCAUGUAUUUGUAUGACAUAAUGAUUUAGUUGAUUAGGUUGUAAAGAUUCGUUUAAUUUGUGAGUGGUUGUCAUGACGAGUGAACAUUAGUUAGAAUAACUCUGAGAACAAGGAAUCAUCUUAAAAGUAUUUUAUAUUAAUAUAAAUUAUCAAUUUUAAAUUGUUGAAAGAGUUCAGCCAAGCUAAAAGUGAAAUAAUCAUCAAUUUAGUAUGAGAUCGCAAGCUUAUUACUCUAUAUCAUGAAUAUAAUCCAAAAAUGUAGAUCGUUAUGUUCCAACCCUCAUUCUCUUUCUUCUCAAAGAUCCUGAAUUCUAACUCUGGAUAGAUUGUGGCUAAAUCUGUCUAACGCUCUGUGAUUUUUUCAUUGAUAUUGAUGUCCAUUAAUGAAGAAAACCAGUUUUAGAUAGUAUUACUUAAUCGUUAUUGUAGUAUGUCAAUUUUUCUUGUUCAAGUCACUUGACCAGUUACAUCAUUCAAAAUAUUCUCUUAAUCGACUUAUAAAAUCCCAGUUAUUCGAAUUCUUAGCACCGAUUGAUAUUUAAUGGACGAAAAAUGAAACGACACUUGGUUAUGUAUUUUUUUGUUAUCAAGUUAUUGAAUAUCAUAUUGUUAGCAAAGAUGGAAUAGUUACCGACACCAAAACAGUAUCUUAUAUUAUGAAUAAUGUUUACACAAUGUGACUUCAUAAUUAACUAUUGUAUUAGUGAGAACAAAUAAAAUUUAAGAAAACAGUCAGAUAAGUCUAUGUCUAGUCACCAUAAGCAGUGGAGAUCCAAAGAAACUUUAAACAGAAAGCUCUCAAUACUAUACUAAAGGAUUUUUGAAUUAUUAAAAUGAUACCACAUUAGUUAUCAUUGAUAACAACUUAAGCUAGUGGAUUUUGCAUUACACUUUUAUAUACAGUCUAUAUGAAUCCACGAAUCAUAAUGAUUUCAUGCUUCGUUGUGAAUUCACUGGCAGGACUUAUCAGCACUCAAUCAUCACACUUAUUCAACCCAGUUUUAAACUUAAAACAAAGUUGUUCUAGUUUGUGGAAAUCUCUUUCAAGAAUAAAUAAUUUAGAUGAUGGCAUCAUUUACCGUUUGCAAUAAAAUAAUCUCUUCAGAACUCAUGCCUGUUGCGCACGUGAGAAGCUAUCUUGACUCAGUAGCUAAGUGGAUUACGCGUUGUCGUUUGAAGUGACAUAUAUUGGGUUCAAGUCUGCGGGUAAACAUCAAUUUUAGAAUGCAGAUACAUUCAUCUGACCAGUCCCAAACAGGAUGAAACGUUCAUUCUGAUUUUAACGGCUAUUCCGUAAAAACAUUGCUUAUUUUUUUAUAAAAUCACUUAUUGUUUAGCCUUCACUAGAAAGUAUGAUCAUUAUCAUGUUAAUAAUAUUCACUUUUGAUGAUAGUUUUCAUCAUGGAAUAACGUUAUUUGAAGAUCCAAGAAAGCUAAACGGUACUCGGUUUCUGUUUUACUCUCGUUUGAUUCUCCUCAACAGUCCAUAAUCCUGCCUCUGCCAAGCCCCUAAAACCAUGAUCCUCUGAUUUUACUUCAAUCAUAAUACACUUAAACUAAAGAGUUGUAUCCCACUUAACUCGAUCAUUUUAACGUCAGUAAUGUCACAGUCCAUAUCGCAACAACCAAAUAAUCGUGUCAUUCAGUGAUUACCACAAAUACUAAAUACAGUUAAUCUCUUUUCAGUCUUCCUUUUUAUACAUGAAAGUGUUUUAAAUAAAUCAUCCUCAAUAUUCCCUUUAUUGUUAUUCAGAGUAAUAGAACGAUAUUUUUUUAGUGCAUGUAAUAUGAAUUGAGUUUUGAAUUUAGUGUUGUGUGCAGAUAACAGAAAUUUAUAUUGACCAUACUAACUGAAUGCAUGGAUCACACCACAAAUAUAUGUAGCCUGGUUUUGUUUGUUUUUGCCAAUAGUGCAUAUUUAUCUCAUAAUUUCUUUUCUCCUUUUUUUUCUUUUCUUUCCGUUAGACUAUUCAUAAAGAAAAUGAAACAACUGAAUCAUCUAGUAGAAAUAUUUCAGAAAUACUAAUGAAAAAAUCACACGACAAUGACACCACAUCAAAUAUUUCUUCUGAUAUUGAUACCAAAAAUUACAAUACUGUUAAUAUUCCUUCAUCGAAACGACAAAUUAUCAAAAUAUCAGAAGUUACAUCGUUACAUGAAGAAAUUAAUAUGAUUAAACACAUUUCAGAAGAUAAUAUAUCACAAUCUAAUUAUAAUCAAUCUAGGCGAAGAAUAUCACUACAAUCACCUGGACCGACAAUUUUUAUUGAUCGACGACAUAGUAAAGGAAAUCGUAGAAGCAGUACAUCUUCAAAUAUUACUGAACUUUAAUAAAUAAUCAAUAGAUUGUGUAUUACAUAACAUUAAUAAGCAUCUAUAAUAUUGAUUUUUUAUAAUCAUAAUCAUAUGUAUUAUUAUGUAUGAAAAUGUUUUUUUCUAUCUUUAACACGAUAUACUACUGAAUUACUUUUAAUGUGAUCAACUUAGAUCCAAUUUGUUUUAUAAGAUGCUUUUUAUUAUUAUUAUUAUUAUUAUUAUUAUUUUGACUGAAUCGAUAUUUCGUGUUUGUUUAUUUAUUUGUUUGUUUUUCCUAAUUAUCUAUCCUUUCAGUUCAUCAAUAUUUUCUUUAUGAGUUCUAGUACUAAGGUUAAUGUAUAAAAAAAACAUACUAUAAAUGUUAAAAGGAAAGAUUGUUGAAUAAUUCGAUGAAUAAUUGUUUUCUUAGAGCAAAGGGGGAAAGGCUUUAAAAGACUUAGAUUCCUAACGAUUAUGAAAUUUCGUAUAUUCAGGUAAUAUUGAAGCACUUGUUCAUAGUACACGUGUACCAACAGAGAUUGAUUAAAAUCUAGGGAGAAAUCUCGAUAAUAAGAAAACAUAGACUUAUCAAAUUAUAAUUUUCACAUCCAAUGAACUAAAUAGUGAUCAUUAUAAACUCUCUGAGUGGAUAUUACAUCAGGAUCUGAAGUGAUAAGUGCUGAGGUCUAGGUUAAUUUAGUAGAUGAGUCUCAAAUAAAACAACAUGGGCGUCCUGGAUUUCAUUGUCUUAAUACAUCCUACAAGAUAAUCACUUAAAUCUUAAAAUAUUUUAAAUGACAACAAGGACUUUUCAAUCAAAC